CGAGCAAGUUAUAACCUACCAAUACAUACGGUUAAUCUUGGUAGACGUGGCGAAGGUACAGUACGCUGGGGAUACGUGACAAAAUCGAUAUUUUCACCUGUAAAUCAUGGCGAUUCGAAGUCGACGAACUGGAAGCACUAAAAAUCCUCCGAUCUUCAGUCAUGAAUUCAUCAUCCAGAAUCAUGCCGACAUCGUUUCUUGUAUUGCAAUGGUCAUUCUCGUAGGCCUUAUGUUUCAGGUUACCACACCAUUGGCAUCAAUGUUUGUGAUUAUGCAAUACAAUAUCACCAGCAACAUGACAGAAGGAGAGAGUGGAGGCGAGGAAGAGACUCGUUACAUGUAUGGAUCCAGAGAUUCUUUCUGUAUUGCGUUCUACUUCCUCAUCAGUAUUGUUCUUCAUGCUGUAGUACAAGAAUACAUCCUUGAUAAAUUGAACCGAAAGUUGCACCUGUCUAAAGUUAAACAUUCAAAGUUCAACGAGUCAGGUCAACUAGUGACCUUUUACCUCUUCUCAAUUUUUUGGGGUAUUGAUAUCAUGAUGAAGGAAGGCUUCACUCAGAACUUGGCUCACUUAUGGGAAGGUUAUCCUCAUAUCUUACUCUCAUUUAGAUCAAAAUUUUACUUCAUUAUCCAGAUUGCCUACUGGAUCCAUGCUUUUCCUGAAUUGUAUUUCCAGAAAGUUAAAAAGGAAGAAAUUGGACCCAGGAUUCAAUACUCUGCCUUCUAUCUAUUUUUUGUUGUUUCUGCUUAUCUUUUAAAUCUGACAAGGCUUGGGAUGAUUUGUAUUGUCAUACAUUACAUAGCAGAGCUGACCUUUCAUGUUGCCAGACUUUUGUACUUCAGUGAAAAAACAGAUCUAUCAGCACCUUGCUUUACAUUAUGGUCCAUACUAUUUCUUCUGGUUCGACUGAUGACUAUCUCUCUCACAACACUGACAGUGUGGUUUGGAUUAGGCAAAGUAGAAAAUCAGGGCCUUGAUAUCUCCAAAGGAAACUUCAAUUCCCCUUUAUCAAGACUGACCAUCUUGACAGCAGUGUGCCUUUUCCAGGCUUGGCUAAUCUUUAACUUCCUCAUGUUCCAGCUUCGUAGACGUCGAGAAACACAGCUUGCAAAUGCUAAGACACAAAGAAAGAUGGCUCCUAAGACAAAGAAGAAGAAAGAUGAUUUGCGAGUUAACGAUGGUGGUGACACUUCUGAUGCAGCCUCAGCUUCACCUAUUGUAUCCGACUCCCCCCACUCAGAAAAUGGAUCUGUCCGUGCAAGGAACAAGCCUAAGAAGAAGUAAAUCCUGUUACUGAAUCCUAAAAAGUGGUUGCCUAGCAACGAUUUCCAUCAAUUAAGCCUUGUUCUUCACCUUCAUAUUCAUGUGACCUUACAUCCAUUGGGAGGAGAGGAAAAAGAGAAACGGUCUAGGUUUCUUUGAUAACCUGUCAUCUCAUAUAAUACUUUUUGUUUAUUUGUUUCCUUUUGAUUUUAUCAGUAAAUGAUAUUAGAAUAUAGCACUUUUCUUCAUUACAUUUUCUCUUAUUGGCUUUGGAAGUCUCUGAAUUUCAUUUUGGUUUCUUCUUUUUUGAAUAGUUUUCAAUCUUCCAACUUACAUAUGAGCACAAAAGAGGCCUUGGCUACAUCAUUUAAGCGAGAGUCGUGUGUUUUAUUUUUCUCCUUUGAUUUGACUCAUUUUAACUGUGACUUUGCUGAAUAAAAAUUAAAAAACAACAAAUUUGUCCUGCCUACAUAGCAGAGAUAGACUCUAUGUGCGCUGCUUUUCCGACAGCGGCUGUGACGGCAGCGUCAUCAACAUUGAAAUCUUAACUGAGGUCAGGUUUUGAAAUGUCAAAGUGAAUGGACCUAGUUCAUGAAAUUUUGACAUAAUGGUAAUCAAGUAUUUCUUUAUCAUCUUGCUUGGGUUUCAGAUCACAUGACCAAGGUCAAAGAUCAUUUAGGGUCAGUAAAAUUUUAACCAAGUUUGAGUUUCUAAAUGGCAAAACUUUGCAAGUACAUGGAUCUUAAUAUUCAAGGCAUAUUAAGGUAAUCCAGUGUCACUGAUCAUUUUGGAGUGUGAGUUCACAUGAUCAAGGUCAAUGGUCAUUUAGGAUCAAUAAAUUUUAUGUGAAUUGCAUUUUUUGUGAAUAAUAAUUGUUUUCAAAGUCAGCACUGCUGCUAUUGUGUAAUACAGGAGAGACUACCAGAGGCGUUCCACUUGUUUUAUUUAUUUACUGAUACAUUAUAACAACAGAGAUCACGUUUGGGGAUGCAUUUCAUGUUUUUUAAAUCAUAAUUCCAACAAAAAAAUUACUAAAGAAUUGUUUCAUGUACAUCCUAUUUGAAUCUGAGAUGCAUUGUUCUUGUUUAUCUAUUAAAGUAUGUAUACUCUGUAUGCCUAUUGAAAUGUUAUCGGUUAUAAGAUAUAUGCGAAGAAGAAUAUUUCUUGUCAAGAUUGAAUAGAUUAAUUUCAAUUAAGACGAAAGAUUGAGAUAAUGAUAUGUAUUUUCAGUAUUGAAAGUUGUUCUUCAAAAUUAUUUUCCAGAUUGUGUAUUAUGCAUGUGGAUAUUCAAGAAUUUAAUUCAUAUACUUAGAUAGAUGUAGACAUUCCUUUUUUCUGUCAUUAUAGUUACAUAUAAAGUACAAUAUAUUGUUUGCAUGCACCAGAUCGAUUUUCUUUAAAAGUAUGCAUGUCAUGUAAAAAGUUUCACUAUUUUUCUUAAAGUCAUUAAUUUGGUAAGUUUACUUCAUAAUGAGAAAAGGAGAGAAAGAGAGUGCUUCUACAUAUAUUAUGAAUUGGCUCCAGACAUUCGUUGUAUCACUCCAGUAUGUAAGAUUAUAGUAGCAUAAAAAAAUAACACAUUUGGCACUUAAUGGUUUGGUGAUAGAUACUCUAUACUCAACCAAGAUAAAGGUAUACAGUUCAGGCCUUGAACUGCAGUUUUAUACCCCCUUAACAAAAAUCUUGUUAGAGGAUCCAAGAUAUUUCAUUUUGAAACUAUUUCAACCCUGCAUAACCAAAUUAAUCCCUCUUAUGUAACAUUUCACCUCCACAGGCAAACCUGAGCUUUGAGCCAGGGUUAGACAAUAAACAGCAGCUGUGAUAUUAUGUAAGAGCACCUCUGCCUGUAGUAGGCACUUGGAAUGAAAUUAUUUUAUUUGAUAUUUAAUCAAGUUUUCAAAGGCAUAACGUAUUAUAAUGAUGGGAGUUUGCUUUAAACCCCAAACUCCCAUCAUUUGUUGUUUUAGAAAUAAUCAUACACACAAUGAAAAGUGUGUAAAAUUGUGUCGUGUAACGUCAGUUACCGGGAAAAUGCCCACAUAUUUAGAUACUUGAAUGAUUGGCCUGAGAGGAUUUAUUUUUUUCAUUGUUUGAUACUGGGGUUUGCCAUCUCCAACUAUGGUUUUGCCUCAUGUUUGUAAUGAACAAGUCUGU